AUGACUGAGGAUGUAAAGUCAGUUGAAAGGGUGACCGGUAAGCUGGAAUUAUUCGCAUUUAAUGCUAGUAUAAUAGCACAUCUUCACACUUUAUUUGCAUCAUCAUCUUUUAUAUUUGCAUUAUUAGUCGGUUGUUAUUUACAUUAUUAUAAAAUUGUUAAAAAUGCUUCUUUUGGUUAUCCUGAUGAAUGGUUCCCAAGUGUUUCUGCUACUAUUGGUGAUAGAUAUCCUGAAAGAUCUGUAUUUCAAAUUAUUAUAGCAUUGACUGCUGGUCCAAGAUUUUUAUUAUUAGCGUUUAAUUUUAUUACUUUAUUUAAACAAAAUUCUUAUUUACCUUAUAUUGGUUUAAUUUCAGGUACUUUACGAACUUUUACUGCUGGUGGUUGGAUGUAUAUUACUUCGACAGAUGAUCAUGAUGCUCAUGAUGUAUUUAUGAUUAGUUAUAUGGUUUUAACUAUACCUUGGACUAUCAUAAAUACUUUAUUAUCACCAAAAGGAUCAUUUCAAAGAAAUGCAAGGUUUUAUUCAGCUUUUAGUUUUUUCAGUACUAUUAUUCCAUUAAUUUAUUGGUUUAUUCAACAUAAAGUACAUAUUAGACCGGGUGCUUAUUCAAUUUAUGCAUAUUUUGAAUGGGGAUUAAUAUUCUUUGACAUACUUUUUGAUUCUUGGUCAGCUAUAGAUUUUAAAAAAAUAGAUAUAAGUAUAAAUUCAAAUGGAAUUGAAUUUAAAAAACUGGAAACUAAACAAACUACAGUAGUUAAAAUUAAGGAAGUUGAUAGUAUUGAUACAUCACAUUUUAUAAUCAAUAUCAUUAAUUCAUAUAUUUGUUGGACAGUUGUAACUUCUUUAUUUUUAUGUGUUUGGUAUUUCCCACUAUGGUAUAUGGGUUUAUCUGGAUAUGAAGCAGUUAUUACAUCAAUGUUUAUAGCUCCAUUAUUAAUUUAUCCAAAAUUUAUUCAAAAUUAUUUAAUUCAAUAUCCUCAAAUAACAAGAUUUUUAACUGUUUUAUUUGGUAUUGGAGCUUAUAAAAUUCAAGAUCCUGAACAAAAAUUGAUUUCAAUUACAAUUGCAAGUAUAUUUGGUAUAAUUUCAACUAUUAUUGAAUUUCAAGCAAUUUCCAAUUCUCCAAAGAAAUUAAAUUCGUAUAUUACUUCAUUUAUACUUGGUUUAUUAACAACUUCAAUUUUUAAAUUUAUGAAUUAUUCAAAUAAUCCAAUUUGGCCAAUUAUGCAUAAAGAAAAUGGUGGAUAUAAUGAAAUUGGAAUAAUAUUAGGAUUAUUAGCUGCUUCAUUUACAACUACGAAUAAGCAAACACCAACAAAAAUGAAACCUACUGGUUCCUUGAUUUUAGGUGCUAUUGGUUUUGGUGGUUAUUAUUUUUCAAUUUUUUCUUAUUUAUCAGAUUCAGGUACUCUUGCGUUAUGGAGUUGGGAUGGAUUCCCAAUUAAAGGGCCAACUCCAAUAACUGGAGCAAUUCCACAUUUUACAGCAUUUAUUUUGGGUGUGUUAUUAAUUAUUAAAAAACAUCCAAAUUUUAUAAGUAGUUGGAAUUAUAAUUUAAUAAUUGGUGGUGGAUCAGCUUUUAUAAUGUAUUAUUUUAAAAAUUGGUAUGGUUUUAUCGGUAGUUCAAUUUAUACAUUUUAUUUAGUUUCAAUAACUCCAAUUAUUUUCCAAUCAAUUCAAGGUUAUAAUUUAUCAAUUUCAUUCUUCAUUGGAUUUUUUGUAAAUAUUAUAUUAGCUUUAGGAAGUGUUUGGAUUGUUGCUUAUGCUUUCGUCCCUGGUGGACCAUUAUUAAGAGAAAGAUCAGAUAUAAUUUUGACAGCUUCUUAUUUAUCUAUACUUUGUGGUGUUGCAAAUUAUCAAUUUAAAAAAUUAGAAAUUACAAAAAUCAACUUUAAUAGUGUUAAAUUAAUUAAACAAACAACAACUAUAUUAACUAUAUUAUCAGUAAUUAUAAUAGCUACAUUUAUAAAAAGAUAUCCUUCAGAAGUACCAAAACCUUAUAAUUCAGAUUCUCAAAGUUUUACUACUGGUAUUUGGUGUGUUCAUUUUGGUUUAGAUAAUGAUAUGUGGUCAAGUGAAACUAGAAUGUUAAAUUUAAUUAAAGAAGCAGAAGUUGAUAUUAUUGGAUUAUUAGAAACUGAUACACAAAGAUUAAUUGGAGGUAAUCGAGAUUUUACACAGAAGAUAGCUGAAGAAUUAGGAAUGUAUGUUGAUUAUGGGCCAGGUCCAAAUAAACAUACAUGGGGAGCAGCAUUAUUAUCUAAAUUUCCUAUAGUUAAAUCAAGUCAUCAUUUAUUACCUUCACCAGUUGGAGAAUUAGCACCUGCAAUACAUGCAACUUUAGAUAUUUAUGGUCAAUAUGUCGAUAUUGUUGUAUUUCAUUCUGGUCAAGAAGAAGAUGUAGAAGAUAGAAGAUUACAAAGUUUAGCAUUGGAAGAAAUUAUGUCGAGUUCUUCAAAUCCAAUGAUUUUAUUAAGUUAUUUAGUUACUGAACCUUUGGUUGGAAAUUAUAAUACUUAUGUUUCUGAAAAAUCAAGAAUGUAUGAUAUUGAUUCUACUGAUUGGGAUAGAUGGUGUGAAUAUAUUUUAUUUAGAAAUGUUAAAAAAGUGGCAUAUGCAAGAAUUUCAAGAUCAACUAUAACUGAUACAGAAUUACAAAUUGCAAAAUUUAAAUUAUUAAAUGAUGAGGAAUGGAUAGAUACAGAUUUAGAUUUUUAUUAUGGAAAUCAUUUUAUAAAUGAAAGUGAAAUUGAUGAGUCAUUAAGAAUGCCAAAAUUGUUCAGAGGUGAUGGAGUUAGAGGUCAUAGAUAUCAUGUAUUUGAUGAACCUAGAUAUUUUGCACAAGAGAAAUGGCAAAGAAAAGUUAAAUUACAAGAAGUAGAAUGA